UAACUCCACCCAUCGAGAAUUGCCUUAUUUUUUUUAUCAACUUCCGUGUUUUGGCGAAACACGUGAUAGGGCAGGAAUCAUUUUCGUUUCUCUGAAAGCAGCUUGCUAUCCGCAGUAGACGAAACUAGUUCCACAAACCGUGAGAAACCAAGUGGAAGAUGACUUCGGAGGUCUCUAAAUUCGUGGUCCAGACCCUCUGUGACAACCACGGCAGUUUGGACUUCCAAAGCCUCAUAGCCACGCUGGGACAGAGGUUUACUGUGGCGGCGUCGAUCCUUCGCCAAGUUCUCUCCGAAGAUGGUAAAGUAGCAGUGAUUCCAGGCGUCCUUGCUGUCGGCAAGGGUCAAUUAUUCAGCCAGGACAGCUUGAUAGUGGCCAAAACUGCCCUACGACUUUGUCAGAAGAAACCUGGCGAGUGUACGCAAUGCCACAAUUUGCACCUGUGCAAAUUUUACGUUUUGGGGAGCUGCGCGUUUGGGUUCAAGUGUAAACUUCCACACACGGUGACUUGCCUACACAAUGCCGAACUGUUGAAGGAACUUGACCUCCAAUUCCUGUCAGAAAAACAGCUGUUUCGACUCUUACUGCAAAAUGAUCCCUUCCUGCUUCCUGAGAUAUGCUCACACUACAAUAUGGGCGAGGGCCAGCACGGUUUGUGCAAGUUUGCUUCAAAGUGCUCGAAGCUUCACAUCUGCCUGUCCCAUUUCACCACGGGAGUCUGUAACCAAGGCUCUUCCUGUUCAAGAAUCCAUAAUGUUGACGUAAAGUCACACAAAAGCUUUGAAAAAUUUACUCAGGAGAUGGUUAAGGAACUUCCAAAAGUCUACAAAAAUAAAUGUGCCAUCUCAAAUCAACAUAGCAAUAUGGCUAGCGCUGCACCUGGGGGUAAAGGGGUUUUGAGAGGUCCUGCUCAGCACCCUUCAAGCAGAAAAGUCGCUCCGUCUGCAGGUGCAACCAAACCCGCGAGAGAUACAGACAAAAAGGACAUCUGCCUCUUUUUCAUCUCCAAACGCUGCAGAUAUACUGCAGAGCAGUGUGUCUAUGACCAUUGGCACUUACCUUACAGAUGGCAGGUAUUAGACGGCGAUGGUGUGUCGUGGAAAGACUUCACCAAUAUGGAGGAGAUUGAGAAGGCCUACUGUGACCCGGCACACAAUUCAAGCUGCAUAGACCAGUCAAGGUGUUUUUUACGCUCCCCGCCUGUGGACACGCAGGUAGUUAACUUCCUGACGAUGACAUGUAAAGGCUCUAAAGUGCGUCGCCUGUCGACAGCCUCCUCUGUCUCGAAGCCCCCUCACUUUAACCUGACAACACAGUGGCUCUGGUACUGGCAGGAGGAGACUGGUAAAUGGAACGAGUAUGGCCAGGGCAACAUCAACACACCGGCAUCCAUCACAUCUGAGUCUCUGGAGAACAUGUACUUAGGGGACCAAACGCUACAGAUUCCUUUCUCUGCUGGCAAACAACAGUAUGUGAUGCACUUUAGCAGUUAUGAAGCAGGAACCCAGCGGAUGUAUCAGCAAAACUUGAAAUUUUCAACCAUGCGGGAGGUCAGGAGGAGGCCUCGCUUUGUCUCAGCUGCUGAUGUGGAUGUCAAGCGGCAGAGCUCCAGUUCCCUCAAAGCAGAAUGCCCCGCACACUGGGAUGAGAAAGCCCUGCCUGACAUCGGAUUCAAGCUCGUGCCUCUUCCCAUACAUACAGAGUAUCAAAGGAUUGAAAAGUUGUUCAAGGCAACAAUGUCAAAGAGUACCAUCAAGAGCAUCAGGAGGGUUCAGAAUCUUUUUCUGUGGACGGCCUUUCAGUGUCAGAAAGAGCAGAUGAAGAAGAGGAACGGAGGAAAUCCCGUCAGUGAGAAGUACUUAUUCCACGGGACAGAUGGGACCCUGAUUGAAUCCAUUUGUGAGCAAAAUUUUGACUGGAGGAUUUGUGGCGUCCACGGCACCGCCUAUGGCAGAGGAAGCUACUUUGCCGAAGAGGCCUCGUACUCAAAUCGCUACGCUAAAACCAAGAGCGGCGUGGACCGGUGUAUGUUUGCGGCUCGGGUCCUGGUAGGCGACUACACCCAGGGGCGCCAAACACAUGUCCGCCCCCCAACCAAAGGAAACACCACAACCCUUUAUGAUAGUUGUGUUGAUAACGAGGCCAACCCAAAGAUCUUUGUUAUCUUUGAAAAACCUCAGAUUUAUCCCGAGUACAUCAUUGACUACACUGAGUAAAAAGAGCAUGUUAGUAGUUUCUAAAGGUCGUCUUUCUUCCUCGACUUGGCAAAUAAUGAAAGGCUCUAAUGUGUGUUUUCAUUUCGAUCUUAGAAUACAACGAGUGUAUGCCGGGUUGUGACCUAACUGGGUGUCGGAACCUACAUGAAUGGUAAAAAAACAACUGCAAAUUCAAAUAAAGAGAAUCACUUUAUGUCAGGUAACUCAUCUGACAAAACAUUACUGCAGAAUAAACUGCAAAAUGUGUAUUACCCAGUUUUACGCAAAAUUCCAAAUUUGGAAUUUUAUUGGUUCCACCCGACAGGAACUGGAAUUACAAAUUGAAUUAAAGUCGGUGCUAUUCAGAAAUAGUACCUCUAGCCUAGUUUGGCCUAAAUAGUAAAACUACUUUUACAAACAGUAAAGUGAAACACAAAUUAUCUCCAUGUUUAAUACUUAAUGUAAAGCAUUCCAGAAAUUAAGUAUUUUUCCACCAUUUUUUGGAUUCUGAAACUUUAACAAUAUUCAUGACUUUUAGUUUCAUGCCCACAACAUUGGCAAACAAUGCCUGCUAAUUGUUGGCAUUCUAGCAAAAUAACGCAAAUAAUAAUAAUGACUUUAAAUUUUAUAAUCCCAAAUUGACAAAAAUGCCAAAAUUUAGCAUACUAACAGUUCGCAUGAUAUGUGUGAAAGUAAAUCACCCAUCGUUUUACCUAAUUUGAAAGUAACGCUAUCCGUGACUUUUAGUUCUAUACCUACGAAAUUUGCUAAAUGCAUGCUAACUGUCGGCAUUCUUGCAAGAUAACGGCAAUUACAAUAUCCAUGACUUUUAGUUGUGUAUCUCCAAAAUUGGCUAAAAUUCGAACACUUAGAAUGCUAAUAGUUACGAGCAAGAUAACACCAAGUAACAAUAUCCAUCACCUUUAGUUUUAUAUCUACAACAUUAGUUCAAUUGCCAACAUUUAGCAUGUUAACAGUUAGCAUGCUAGCAAAAAUAAUGCAAAGUAACAAUAUACGUAGACUUUAAUAUUAUAUACAGCAUACUACAUUGGGUAAAUGUCAACACUGAGUAUGCUAACAGAUAGCAUGCCGGCAAAAUAACAUCUAAAAAUAUAUUUGACUUUUAGUUUUAAUAUCUAAAAAACUGUCUAAACUGCUCACAGUUAAUUUGUUACCAUGUUAACUGUUGGCCUUCUAUCAAGCUAAUGCCAAAUAAAACAUUGAUUACUUUUAGUUUUGUUUUGUUUUUUACUUACAAAAUUGUAUAACAUGCCAACAUGAUAGCAUCUUAACUGUUAGCAUGGUAGCACUCAGUACAAAGAGUGCCAUAGGUGCUGAUUGAGUUGAGCAUUUUGACUUUGAAACAGUUGAAUUUUGUGGGAAUAGUUUAUUAUGGAAUACACCGAAAUUAUCAAUUAAAAUUUUAAAUUCUACUUACUUCAAUUCUACUUCCCUGCGAUGAGGUGGCGACUUGUCCAGGGUGUACCCCGCCUUCCGCCCGAAUGCAGCUGAGAUAGGACAAGCAGUAGAAAAUGGAUGGAAUUCUACUUCCUGUUUUCAACCUCAAUUUGAAUUUUUAUGGGAUGGAAUUGGAAAUUGAGAUUUAAGUACAGAUUUUUGCACUGGUUAGAACUAGAGAUGUUAAAGUUAAGUUAAAUCCGAUAAUAUUGGCCUGCUGAUAUUAUCGGCCGAUAAAUGCGUUAAAAUGUAAUAUCGGAAAUUAUCGGUAUCGUUUUUUUUUUGUCAGUAUCGUUUUUUAUUUUUUAUUUUAUUUAUUAAAUCAACAUAAAAAACACAAGAUACACUUACAAUUAGUGCACCAACCCAAAAAACCUCCCUCCCCCAUUUACAUUCACACAAAAGGGUUGUUUCUUUCUGUUAUUAAUAUUCUGGUUCCUACAUUGUAUAUCAAUAUAUAUCAAUACAGUCUGCAAGGGAUACAGUCCGUAAGCACACAUGAUUGUGCGUGCUGCUGGUCCACUAAUAGUACUAACCUUUAACAGUUAAUUUUACUCAUUUUCAUUCAUUACUAGUUUCUAUGUAACUGUCUUUAUAUUGUUUUACUUUCUUUUUUAUUCAAGAAAAUGUUUUUAAUUUAUUUAUCUUAUUUCAUUUUUUUUUUAAAGUACCUUAUCUUCACCAUACCUGGUCGUCCAAAUUAGGCAUAAUAAUGUGUUAAUUCCACGACUGUAUAUAUCGGUAUCGGUAAUUAAAGAGUUGGACAAUAUCGGAAUAUCGGAUAUCGGCAAAAAGCCAUUAUCGGACAUCCCUAGUUUAGAACCCAGCAGUGAAGCAGGAUGUAGCCGUAAGUCGGAACCUGCUAUCAGAUAUAUGUUAGCAUCUGCUGUCACGUUGAAAAACUUGCUGGACACUGACAAUUGCUUUCAACACAACAAGCCGGGAGAGGCAUCACAUCUCAGAUGUUUGCAUGUGACACUCUGGUCCUGGAAUUGCACAAUAAAAAAAAAAGUCUAGUGGUGCUGUAAAAAGAGUUUUUUAAAUUUGUGACUUGGCGUCAAUUCCCAUGCUCAUCAAUGUGUGCAAUGUUUAAAUCCGUCAUCACAGCAGAAAAUGUAGAAUGUAGGAUAAGUUUGUGCUUCGCUGUGAAUUUCACAGACUUUCCCUCCUUAUGUUAUGAAAAAUGUUUCAUAAUCAUGACACUUUUUGUGCUGUUCUACUGUAAGCAGAUUAAAUGCAGGUGAUAUUUCCUGCUACAUAAUACCCAAAUUAUAAUACUAAUGUUGCAUGACAUGUUAACUGGGUGUUGGUAAGAAAU